UCCAAUUCCACUUCAAUCUGAGUAAAAAAAUUACACUGGUCUAUUCCAUGAGUGAGAGAGAGUGAGAGGAGAAAAGAACAGAGAGAGAGAGAGAUAGGAGAUGGGAGGAAUGACGUCAUCAAUGGCGGCUAAGUUCGCUUUCUUCCCACCGAACCCACCAUCAUACAAGCUGGUCACCGACGAGCUCACCGGUCUCCUGCUUCUCAGUUCGUUUCCUCACCGCGAAAACGUGGAAGUACUGAAAUUGCCCACUCGAAAGGGGACGGACAUAGUGGCAGUGUACAUUCGACACCCCAUGGCCACUUCUACGCUUCUCUACUCUCACGGUAACGCCGCCGAUCUGGGUCAGAUGUACGAGCUCUUCAUCGAAUUGAGCAUUCACUUGCGAAAGGGAAAAUCAUUCGUAUUGUCAUCUGCUAAUGUAGUCUCAAGGAUCAGAAUCGAUAGCAACGGGCAGAUUUCUGAUUCAAAUGAACUUCUGUGCAGGUAUGACUAUUCUGGGUAUGGUCAGUCCUCUGGGAAGCCAAGUGAACAGAAUACAUAUGCAGAUAUUGAAGCUGCCUAUAAGUGUCUUGAGGAGAGUUACGGUACCAAGCAAGAAGAUAUCAUCCUCUAUGGGCAAUCCGUUGGAAGUGGCCCAACUUUGGAUCUUGCAGCCCGGCUGCCUCAGUUAAGAGCUGUCAUCCUGCAUAGUCCUAUACUCUCGGGCUUAAGAGUCAUGUAUCCUGUGAAGCGCACAUACUGGUUUGACAUUUACAGGAACAUUGACAAAAUCCCCUUGGUUAACUGUCCUGUACUCAUCGUUCAUGGGACUGCAGACGAAGUUGUUGAUUAUUCGCACGGUAAGCAACUUUGGGAACUGUGUAAAGAAAAAUAUGAACCCUUAUGGAUUAUAGGAGGGAACCACUGUAAUUUAGAGCUCUAUCCAGAGUAUAUCAAGCAUCUGAAGAAGUUCAUAUCAACAGUAGAGAAAUCUCCUUCACAUAGGUACAGUUCUAGGAGAAGUUUGGAGCAUUUUGAGCAGUCUAGGAAGAGUACCGAUGUUUUUGAAGCUUCAAGGAAGAGCACUGACCGGAGAGAAAAACCAAGGCACAGCACUGACAGGCCUGAAAAAUUGAAAAACCAGUCCAACAAUGCCGAUAGGCUAGAAAAAUUGAGGGUCUCUUUCGACCAAAUUGAAAGGUCUCGGAGAAGUGUGGAUUGCAAUGAAAAAUCCUGGAAGAGCAUUGACCACCAACUAGAAAGAGCUCGCAAGAGUGUUGACCAGUUGGAUAGAAUACGAACAGGAUAGUUUUUCAUGAUACAGUUGUAAAUUUUGCGCCUGGGUUUGAUGUUGAAGGGCCAAUUUAUGUGAGCCUCCUUUUAUUUAUGGUGUUUUGCCUUUUCAUCCUGCUUGGGAAGUUUUCUGAACACUAUUGCG